UUUCUGGAUAUAUAUAUAACAAGCACACUCUCACACAUGCAUUAUCUCUAGUAUGUGAGCAGCCGUCUUCUCUGCUACCACACUUGACCUCUGUCUCUCCAAUGGCUACUAAUGCUAUUUCCUCUCAUGUGGAAACCCCAUUGAUUGUGGAUGGAAGUUGCGAUCUUCCUGUUGCUGGUUCAUGCUUCCAGUUAGUAAAGCCAAGUUUCGAUGAGGUCAACCAGCAGCGUACUCUAGAUAUUUUGCCUUUACUUUUUGAGGAAGCUUCGUUUCCAAUGGAAGAAGAAUGCGCCUUUCAGACUCCACAUGGCCAAGAUGUCUACAGUAGUUCAAUGUUGUCUGAGGAAGACAAAACCAAUCCAAAAUGUACAUCACAGCUUGCAUUUUUAAGCUUUGUGGAACUUCCUGAUUCACCAAAAAAGCAGAUGUGUUUAGAUCCUCAACUGAAUUGCCAGAACUUCAUUGGUUUCCAGAUGGAAAAUGCCGAUGCUUAUUCACCAUGCAUUGUGGAUAUAGAUGUUGAGAUGGAAAAUUUUGAAAAAACUAAAUCCAAUGAUGAAGCUUUUGGAAGUAUAAAAAGUGAAGGUCUGCUAACUGGGAUACUGCAGAGACAAGCAAGCUUAAAAACAUGUGGAAGACUCAUGCAAUUAUUUACAAACCACAGCAGCUCAGCUUUAUUGAAGUUGAUUUCUAAAGAUAAAUCAUUCAAUGAGAGAGUUUAUGAUACACCAAAUAACAGAUGGAGAAAGUAUAAGCGUGCAGCGUCAUUUGAUUCAAGACAAAUUGUUCUUCUCUUCUCAAUCUUGUCAAGUUUGGGCACAUUGAUAUUAAUAUAUCUGACUCUAAGAGUUAGGCAGACUGCUGAUGGUUUUGUUAAUGCUUAACAGUUGUCCCUGAAAACUGCUGUUGAAGUUUAAUUUUCCCACUCUUGCUUUUCUUCAUAACAAAAUGGAUCUUUGCACCAUCAACAUUUACGCCUGGGGGAAGCGGAGAGUAGCUAAAUGACGAACUAUUCUGGCGUAAGUUUCUUUCUUAUAGGACCUAUUGAAAUUUUAAUUUUUCAUAAAAAAAUAGUACAUAAAAUUUCGUAGUUAAAUUAUUUCUUAAA